AAAAACUCUUGAGGAACCAUCUUUGUAAAGUGUCCACUCUUAAACUUAAAAAGUCUAUAUUUUGUUGCCCAGGACUCCAAAAGAGGGCGCCAUGGGAGUCCAAAGACUCAAGAGGUACAUCGAGGGCAACAAUGAUGUCCUAAAGAGGCGAUACUUCAGGAAGAGUAAGCUCAUCAUCGAUGGAUCCAAUCUGUACUACAGCCUCUACUUCAGUUUCCCCUUGGAUCAAGUGCACGGAGGAGAAUAUGAAGGCUUUGAGAAAGUGGUCAGUCGCUUCUUUGCAAACCUCAGAAUCUGCAAAAUCGAGCCCUACGUUGUGCUCGAUGGAGGGGAUGACAUCAGCGAUAAGAAGUUUGACACCCUGAAACAAAGAACCCAGGACAGGAUCAAGAGGGCCGACGCCUUAUCCAAAGGACGACGAGGAGAAGUCCUUCCAAUCCUCAUCAAGAACGUCUUCAAACAGGUCCUCAGAAAGCUCAAGGUGCCACUUAUCCAGUGUGUCGCCGAGGCCGACUGGGAGGCCGCAGCUCUGGCUAACGAGUGGAACUGUCCAGUUCUGUCUAAUGACUCUGAUUUCUUCAUAUUCGACAUCAAGGGAGGGUUUUUACCCCUUUCUGACUUCAACUGGAAGAAAGUGGAGUCAAUGGAACAGUCCAACAAAAAGUACAUUGUAGUCAGUUGGUAUUCUGUUAGUAACUUGUGCAGCACCUUUAACUGCAUGAACAAACACCUUCUCCCUAUUUUUGCCACCAUCUUGGGCAACGACUACGCCCACCUGGACAAAACACUGUUUCCAAACUGGACAAAGUUCUCACUUAUUCCUGGAGUAAACUGCAAAAUCGAUGGCUUGCUCAGGUGGCUGUCAUGCCAUAAGGGUCCCAAGGACGCAAUUAAAGCCCUUCUGAGCAUGAUUACAAACCCGAGGGAUUCAGUGACGGUCCGCAAGGUUCUCAAGGAGGGCCUCCAAGAGUACCGCCUGACUCCCAGCUCCAUAGCUCAGUUCUUCAAGCGAGGAGAACCACAGAGCAACCUCCCAAGACCUUUACAGAGCCUGCCGGAGUGGUUCCUGAAGGCCCUGGGCGAGGGCAAGCUCAACUCAAUCCUUCUUGACGUCCUCACACUGCACAGGGUCACUCUCAACUUUUCGGUCCAGGAUUUUAGCCUCCACAGCAACAAUCUGACCUCAAGACCCAUACGGCAGGUCAUUUAUGGCUUAAUGGUGCAGGCCGCUGCAGAAGAAGAGCAGUACAAGGUAGAGGAGUAUGACAGGCAGGGGCUGAUGCUAACCAGCUCCAAGGUUCCAGCCAUCUCGACAAACCUUCAGCUGGACACACUGUGGGAGACAUCCUGGCAUUUGCGGCUCCAGAUUUUCUUGGACACUUUGGGCGUUUCGCAAGUCCCCGAGCGGCUCCAUGUGCUUCCCAGCCUGCAGCUAGCUGUGUAUGUCACAUGCUACUGGCUGAAACACGCACAGCCUGAGCCCAGACCAGAAUUCUUCUGGGCCUUGCUGGUUGGCCUGGUGUAUGGAGAGCUGUCCAGAGAUCCACUCACAGAGAAAGCCGUGCCAAAAAGACUGAAGAACCUGAAAAGCCGUAAAGAGGAGACUCCUCUGGACCUGGAGGCAGCUCACGCUUACAGUCAGUGGCAGGGCAGUCUGAGAGACAGUAUCUGCCUCAGUCAGCUGCUGGGCAACCCAGUGUCUGAACCAGAAUACGCAUGGUUGUACAGUGGGGUGCUGGUACAUGCCGUAACCCGGGAGCUGAAGAAGGGUGUCAGUCCAGAAUCCCUGCUGGCCAGAGCCCCUCAAGCUCGGCAGCUCUACCAGCAGCUGAGGGAAGCAGUGGAGCUCGAGUUGGAUGAUGACAUGAAGACGAGGCUCAGAGCAGGCAGAGAGAGGCCAAGCGACAGUCCAGCAGGUGAGAAAUGUGCAGACGACCUGAUCACCAUGUUUGAGCAUCUGAUGGGCAGAGAAGAGGAGGAUGACGAAGAUCCCCGUGGGAGAAGGAAGAAGAGCGAGGGCAGUAAACGUGAGGAUGAGAUGUACGAGCAAACCUGCAGCCUUCGCACCAGACACAGAAGUAGAUCUCAUAAAACUGACCCCAGAGCCAAGAAAUACCAGAACUCCUACUGGGAGUGAAACCUGGAGGCCAGCCAGAAGUGUCCCCAACUGACUGACUGACCAAUGAGAAACCAGUUUACUUUUGUUGUUUACUACUCACAUCAUUCGCAGUUUAUUUUUUGAUUCAACCCAUAUGAAAAUAUUCCUGUUACAUCACUACGGCUCUGAUUUUAACCAAUCAUGUGUUUUUUAAUUCAUAUAUUGGAGUGAGUGGCAAUUAAGGAUGUAAAUUAA